AUGGAAGUUUUCUCGAUUUUCUAUCAUACGCGCAGCAAGUACUUUAGUGGUUGGACCUGUGUCUCCGCCGACUCCACCUUUAACAAGUUGCGACCAAGCACUGGUCCGAAUUUUGUGCAUCACUGGUACCACUGUGAAAUUGUCAACGGAACGCCGCAAUGCGUGCCGGAUAAAGCUGAAAGUCUUCCUGGGCAAAAGCCAGCACCAGUUACUUGUGCUUCAACACUUUGCGCUGAAGGAACCCAUUGUGAAGAAAUCGACGGACAACCUCAAUGUGUGAAAAAUCCAGCUGAAAGUCUUCCUGGGCAAAAGCCAGCACCAGUUACUUGUGCUUCAACACUUUGCGCUGAAGGAACCCAUUGUGAAGAAAUCGACGGACAACCUCAAUGUGUGAAAAAUCCAGGUCCGUGUGCUGCCGCGUUCUGUGCCGGUGGUGAAUGCAUCGAGUAUAACGACACGUUUGGUUGCUUCAAUACUACAUGUGGAGCCCGUGAAGAGUUCGUACGAUGCCCGUCCUGUGAGUCAACCUGUGGAUUCGCUGUGGUAUGUGGUGCCUCAUUUGAAAGACGUUGA